AUGUCGUUUCUUCAAAUCUCUCUUGUUUUUCUUCUUGGAUUCAUCCUUCCUUCGGCCUUGGCAAUUACUGGGAAAACGCCAGAAGCUUCAUCAACAGCACUCAAGAUGCAUCAACUCUACCUCAAUCAACCGCCUCAUGACUCUUCGCUCUAUGAAACCCUACAAGUUUCUCCCAAUGCAACAACUGCCCAAAUUGCUCAAUCGUAUCGGCGACUAUCAAGGAAAUAUCACCCCGAUAAGCAAGUGAAAUCAUCUUCCACAAAUGAAGAUGCUGCUCAGGGAUUGAAGCAGGUGCGACAGGCCUAUGAAAUCCUCAAAGACGACUCUACAAGGUUGCCAUAUCAUCGAUAUGGAUUCACUGAUCCAAAAGUAGCCCUACUCUUGCUCAUUGGACCCGCUUCGCAACAAUCACAGCUGGAGUUGCAGGACCACCAAUCAUCAAUGCAUUCCUUGUUAGAACUGACAGGUUUGGACUUUCCGUCUUCCUCAUUGCCCAUGGCCAGUUCUUCUCCAGGCUCUGCAAUUGAACAAAGAAAAAAGCUGCAUGAAUGGAGAGUCCGAACAAUGGCUUCACGGUUGGUCGAGCAAUUGCGACCAUGGGUUGAAGAGACGGUAGAACCUGGAAUUCUCGCGCAUGUAAUCUCUCAGGCUUGCGACGAAUGGAAGGUCUUGCCAUUGGGUGCGCAGAUAGUGCGAUGUGUUGGCAGAGCCUACCGUCACGCCGGUCAAGACUACUUGCAACAACAAAAGAAAGGAAAGCUCUCAGGAGGACAAUUGGAACCAUACCUUUUUGGCUCAUUAGGGAGCAAAGGUAGCCGUUCACAGGAAAAGAUAUUGCCAGUAUCAAAAGUACCAGUCGGUCUACGACAACAGUGGCGGAAGGCAAAAGGUUUCUGGUCGGCAGCAUGGGCCACUGGGCGUGCUUCUGUAACGGAACAAGUAUGGACUGUACAGGAAAAGCAAAGGCGGAAGAAGCGAAAUACCAAAAGCAACGUCCAUUCACUUGAAUACACUUCUCUGGGAGAUGGGGCUAACUUUUUGGACCCUGACUUCCUCGUUGAAAGCGAAAACGAUGCGGACUUGGCAGAUGAACAAGACAUGAAGGAGGCCCAACGACUGAAAGCGCAACAAACGCUAUUACAGUCUCUACAAGUAGAGGCACUAUGGAAAGUUACAAAGAUAGAUCUGGACCGAGCCGUACAAGAAGCAUGCAACUUGAUCCUAGAAGGACAUCAUAGCUUCUUUCCAUCCUACCAGGCUCCGUUGUCAUCACAUCCCUUUGGAUAUGACGAUCGACCAAGUCCCGAUGGAUGGAUAUCACCUUCAUCUGGAAAGGCUAUUAAUGCAGAAGAAGCGAAAAUACGAGCUGCCCAUGCUAUGCGCUAUAUUGGGAACAUUAUGGUUCAGCGAAGCAAGGAAGGGACAUCCUGGAAGGCGUAG